AUGGCUCGUCAAACAAAAACGAAAUUAUUAAAAUUGGUCUGUAAACAGGCCGAAUUAACUCGUGCUCGUUUUCGUGGUUCAUCAUCGACAAAUAAAAUUAAUCAAACAGAUAAAAAUUUAUCAUUUAUAAAUAAAACUGGAGAAAGAUUUCGAAAAAAACUAGCACAAUUAAGUGUCGGAACAACGCUAUCGUCAAUUAAAAAAGAAUGGAUUAUUAUCAAACAAGUUCAACUAUCGAAACUACGUGAACAAUGUUUAUGUGGACGACCAAAUUUAAAAUUUGUUACAUAUUUAAAAAAUACAAUAAAUAACAACGAAAUCACAGCAGGCAAUUGCUGCUUAUUAACAUUUAAACGAUAA